CCUUGCCUGACUUUGGCUCCCUUUCCUUCUCGUAGCUUAAUUUCCAAAACAGAGGUGCCUGAGCAUGCCCACAGGUUUUAUCUCUUGAUGUGGAUGGGGUAUCGCAUUGUCCCAGCUUCCUGUGUGGAGCUGGCUACUGCGGGUAGCUCAGCUGUUGAGGGUGUUGAACUCAGCAUGUACACAACGGCACAUACGUGUCGCUUCACCUGAUCCAAGUAUUACAGUUCGUUUCAAAGUACUGAUUAAAUCUGUAGCAUAUUUCCAAGGCAAUAUUGAAAUACUUUGCUGCUUGUGAUGCAGUGUUCCAAGAGCAUAAGCACUCUGGUGGCGCUGCUACAGAUUUUAUUGAUUUGCAUUUGUAUCCUGUCUUCUCCUCUUGCAAAGAAGGCAAGGUAGCUUACAUGAUCCUCUCCAUUUUAUCCUCACACCAACUGUGAGGUAGCUUAAGCUGAAAGUCAGUGACUGGCCCAAAGCCAGCUCGUGAGCAUCAUGGCCAAAUGGGGACUAGAACCAGAUCUACCGAGUUCCAGUCUAGCACUGCAUCAUGUUGGCUCUUGCUAAAGUUGUCGCCUCGUUGCCUGAAAAUAUGAGACCUGGUCCAGAUCUUUACGGCUUUCCAUGGGAAGUUGCGAUUUGUGGUGCUGUUGUUGCCAUUUUUACUGUUCUACUACUAAUAUGCAGGAGCUAUCAGUCAGUUAGAAGUAGACUUUAUGUAGGAAGAGAGAAACAGCUUGCUGGUAAAGUUGCUGAACUAGUUGAAGACAAAUGUAAAGUACUGGAAAAAUUCAGUAUCUGCAAAAAAGAGUAUGAGGAAUUAGAAAAUUCCCUGAAAGAUGCCAGCCUUCUGCAAGGGUCAACCACUACAUCAGACAUCAAGAUGGCAUAUGAAGAACUGAGCAAUUCAAACACUGCACUCAAGAAUGAAAUAGCAACUUUAGAAAAACAACUGAAAGAAGAGAAGUCCAAACGAUCAGAACAGGAUGACUUGAUGGCAGAAAUACAGAGAAGAAUGGAAUCUUUAGAGAAUGAAGCAAAAUCUAUCCAGUUGCAAGUAGCUGAAACCAAGACUACAUUAAAAGUGUAUGAGAUUAACAGACAGAGACUGAUGACAUCUGUGCAAGAUGCCUUAGAGGAAAACAGCCAUCUACAUGAAAGUGAAAAACAACUGUUGCAAGAAGCUGAAGGAUGGGAUGAACGAUUUAAUGAACUAAAUGAACAAACAAAAAUGUUUGAAUCCUCCACAGCAGAUAUGGAUGAAGCUCUUAAAAACAAGGAAAGUCAAGUCAAGUCUCUAACUGAGUGCUUAUUGAAGAUGAAAAACUGGAGUUGUGCGGUAGGGGAGAAUGCUGCUGCUGAAAACAACCAUUGGGAGAAUGACAUCAAAAAUGAAACCGAAAAUGGGGAGCAGCUAGAAGAUGAAGAUAAACGAACUGUAAAGAAGCUGAUUUAUGCUGCAAAGCUAAAUGCUUGUCUAAAAUCCUUGGAAACUGAAAGAAGUCAAAUCUAUUCAAAGCUAACUGAUGAAAAGAAAGUAAAAGAGGAACUUGCAGAACGCAUUGAAAGUUUACAGAGGGAGCAUGUCACCUUACAGUCUGAAAACACAAAAUUUGAAAGUGAAGUUCAAAAGCUUCAGCAAAAACUUAAAGUCAUGACAGAGCUAUAUCAAGAAAAUGAAAUGAACCUCCACAGGAAGUUAACUGUAGAAGAAAAAGAGCGUUUGCAGAAGGAAGAAAAGCUUUCCAAAGUUGAUGAGAAGAUUAAUCAUGCAGUUGAAGAACUGAAUGCUUACCGACAACGAGCUAAAGAUCUGGAAGAAGAACUGGAAAGAACUGUUCGCUCUUACCAGAAUCAGGUUAUGUCACAUGAGAAGAAAGCUCAUGAUAACUGGCUGGCAGCCCGGGCAGCUGAAAGACAACUUAAUGAUCAAAGAAAAGAAAACUUGGACAAUAGGCAAAAAUUAACAGCAGCAGAAUUUAAAUAUGAUCUUUUGGAAAAAGAUCCUUAUGCCUUUGAUGUUCCAGUUGGAGCAUUUGGCCGAGAGCAAUCCCCAUAUGGACCCUCACCAAUGAGCAGACCUUCAUCUGAAACAAGAGCUUUUCUUUCCCCCCCAACCUUAUUGGAGGGUCCUUUAAGACUUUCACCUGUGCUUCCAGGUGGAGGAGGAAGAGGAUCGAGAGGACCAGGGAACACUGGUGCCUAUGAAGUUGGUAAUGAAAGAGGAGAGAUGAAUUCUGAUCCCCACAGACCACCAUCUAACACUGGAUCUUUGUCACCUCCAUGGGAUAGAGAUCACAGAGUAAAUCUGCCUUAUGCAGGUCAGCUGUAUAAUGAGCAAUCUCUUCCUCCUCGACGACCAGAAAAAUUGUAUUCCGGUCCCCCAAAUUCUGGAAGGCUUUCAGGACCAGCAGAACUAAGAAGUUAUAACAUGCAUUCUUUUGAUAAAGCAGAUGGACAAGCACCUGAAAAUAACUCCAGAAUGAACCUGACUGGAAAUGGAAUGAAAGAUCAUCCCAAUGAUAGUAAUUUGCACAAUAUGACAGAUCAAUCUCUUGCAACUGAAAGUGAAACUUCUGGAGCAGGAAUUGUGCCUCCACCACUUCCCUUACUGAGAGCACCUCUAAUGCCACUGGACCCAAGAGGACCUUAUAUGAGGCAUCCUCCAUUUUCAGCAAUGCCUCCUAGUGCUGUAUAUGGACCUCGUGAAUAUUUUCCAAGGGAUUUUGCUGGCUUGCCACGUCCUCUACUGCCAAUAAGGGGUCCACAUCCUAUGAGGCCUUUUCCCCAAUAUCCACCUCCAAGGCCUGCAAGUUUUGCACCACUGCCACCUGAUAACAGAAAUGAAUUGCCUGCUGAGUCAACAUAUCUAUCAGCUGCAUCUUCUACAGAUGAAGAAUUACAAGAAGAAACUUGAUUCUGAUACGAAAUAACUAUCCUCUUUCUCUUAACACAAUUAUUUGCUCUAAAGUAACUGUUGUUACUUAAGCAACUCAUAUUAUUGCUCAAAUUGAAGCUUAAUAGAAUAAUUCUCAGGAGAGUGUUAUGUAAAUAAUGGUUCAACUGUGAAUAAAUUGAUGGUCAAUGUACAGCAGCAAAUUUUAAAUUAUUUUUAAUUUGCAUAUCUCAAGAGAUGUAAAAAUUAGUCCCAAGAAAGAAUUCUGGCUUUGGACACAUCUGGUCUUAUAUAAAAUCACUGCAUGUGAAAGAGAAUACUUAAAACAAAAAACAAUUGUGAAAAAAUAAAGGUUUUAAAAAAUA